GCGGAACACCUUGCAGACAACCGUUUAUCUGCAUCAGUUUGCCGUGACGCGUUAGAAUCCAGUGUCUGUAACUGGGACACAAGCGAGUCGAAAGGCCUUCCAGUUCUCGAACGAAACCUCCUGUCAACGAACUGCUCCCAAUCGCCAGCAAUCCACCGUCCACAUUUUCCCACUCGCCGCCAUUCACACAGAUCAUGAACGCCGCUACACAUUCAUUAUCGGCGUCAAUCACGUCAGCGUUGGCUCUCAAGCCGUCUACAGUGUACAUCUUACGCGUGGAAAACACUAAAACGCGACAGAGCUGGCACAUCCGUCGAUGCUUCUCGGAAUUCUGCGAGUUGCGUGAAAAGCUCUUGUCUUUGAUUGACGAUCAGAUGGCCGCGUACCUGACUAGUCCAGAGCUGGACAGCUCCGAGGACAGCUACACCGCUAGCUCCAGUAUCAGCUCCAGCGCCAGUACAGCCAGCAUUAGCUCGCAUCGUCGUCACUGUUCGCCUCUGUCCCCGUCCGAUCGCUUCGCGUUUGUGUUCAAGCAAUUCCCACCGCGUAAGCUGUUCGGCUCCCGAUCUAAGCGUGUGAUUGAAACCAGAUCCAUGGCGCUUAACCGCUUCUUACAACAGGCACUGGAGGUUGUGGAGGUGGUUCGCCAACGUCAAUUGAUCGCUAUUUGCUUCAGUAUGAUGACUCAUAUUGAAUCGUUCUUAGAAUAUGGCGUCAGUGAAGUUCAAGACAGUGACGAUGCUCAGCGUUUCAAUAACUUUGACUUUACACGACGCUUCUAUCGCGAGUUUGGUCGGCAAGAGGAACGAGCAGAAAUCUAUGAUGAAGACUCGGACGACGAGGAGAUGCAGAUGCUCAAGAAGACGUGGAGCGCCAUGCUGGAGAGCGAAACUCACGAGAGAAAACUGUACCAUACCGGUAGUCAUUUCUCCAUGUUAGGGACUGGAUACACGUCGGAGACGUGGACAAGACGUAUCGAGAUUGCAGGCAUACAAACUGCAAAGAGCGAAGAGCUGAGCGCUACGUGUCUGGUUGGGAAGACAUCCGAGUGCCAAAGAGCAGAGCAGCGUUUGAACCGCUACCAGUCCAAUUGCCGUAUUCCAGUUCAAGACUACCCCACGUCCGGUUGA